AUGGGAGAUGCGCCUCGUGUGACUCCCCGCCAGAUUUGGGCGAACCCGACAACAAGCUCAACCAGAACGUAUUCAUCAGGCUGCACGCCGUUCGUCUUACCCAGCGAUGGUAUUAUCUAUGUAAAUAAUUCGAAUGCCAUUACUCUCACCGAGAAUGCUGUUUUCGAGCCGGUCUGCACCGGCGAUCCUAGGGACUACGUCCAUGUGUCUGCCGUCCUCGAUACCCGCGAUCCGUUCUACUCCUCCGUCACACCGCAACUUUAUGCGAUCGGCUGCGCAACUGUCGUCAGUUACGUCCUCGUUAUCAUUCUUCUUAUCACCCCUCGCACUUUCUACGUCGGUGGUCCUGGCGGCGGUGCUAACUUCCUCGGACGUCAUGGCAUGAUCAGUGGAUCGUAUAGCGGAAACUCGUCGGUAGUCGGCGUGGGUGGACGGCCGUGGCUGCAAAAAGUGGCCGCAAUCUUGGUCGCAAUUUCACUGACCAUUGCAACGGCGGAUUCGUUCAAGGUCGCCGAGCGCCAAUAUAACUACGGGUACUCAGAUGCCGAGGCAUUGUCAGAGGAAGUGAUUGAUGGCACGGAGAUUCGCAUUGUUCGCGUCAUUUCGAGCACGUUUCUCUGGCUCGCACAAGUCCAGACAUUAAUUCGACUGUUCCCCCGACAUAAAGAGAAAGUCAUGAUCAAAUGGGCUGGAUUUGCGCUAAUCGUGUUGGAUACCACAUUCAGUUGCUUGGAGAACUUCAUGGUCAAAAACACAUCAACUCACCCUAGGCUCUACGACGAUGCGAUUCCGGCGCUGAGCUACUUGUUUGAGCUGUCGCUCAAUCUUCUAUAUGCUGCUUGGGUUAUUUUCUACUCAAUAUCGAAACACCGCUACGCUUUUUUUCACCCUAAAAUGCGCAACAUCUGCUUUGUUGCGCUCUUAUCACUGGUUGCGAUCCUGAUUCCAGUGGUCUUUUUCGUGAUGGAUAUCGCGAAACCUAAUAUCGCAGGAUGGGGUACAUACAUCCGAUGGGUUGGCUCGGCCGCCGCGAGUGUGGUGGUCUGGGAAUGGGUCGAGCGAAUCGAGGCGCUCGAACGAGAUGAAACGAAGGAUGGGAUUCUUGGACGAGAGGUCUUCGACGGAGAUGAGAUGCUUGAUGUUACACCAUCGGAAGAAGUCGAUUGGCCAAACUAUUCAACACAAGAUGGCAAUGGUGGUGGAAAUGGCACAUCCUCGGGAUGGGGUGGAGUGAUGGGUUUGGCUCAUCGCCCGCUGCGAACGCGAGUUGGAAUCCCACGUGGAAAUCGCCAUCUCGGCAUCGGCGGCUUCGUUCAAAGGCCGAAUAAUCGGAAUGCCCCUCCUCGUCCAAACAAUGCUCGUCCUACUCCCCCUCCAGCUGCUAUCACUCCGGUCAGCCGCGCCGACACUACCAGUGCUGCGAGCACUGUCUACAAUGUCCGAUACCAUCCAGUCGCCACCCCUACACCACCUGUGCCAAUGCCGCACAUGGAGGAAGAAGAGGAGAUAGAUGAAGCCAAAGACGUCACAGCUGAGGCAACACAUACCUCAGACGCAGCAGAGCAAACUCUUUCAGCCUACGACGUUAGAGAACAAUCACCACAGAUAGUACAUUCUGAUCCGCGAUGGCGAAAUCUUCUCAACCCGUUCAAACGCAGACGCGCAUCUCUGCCCAAGGAAGUUGCCUCUGCCCAGGCUGUCGAGGACCAAGCAGAUGACCAGAAUUCCGUCUCCUUUGACAAUGAGGACGAGGCCAGUGCCCCACAGCCCCGUCCAACCACUUUCUUUUCGCUCUAUCGGAAAGGACACGCUGGUUCAAGCUCGCAGAAUCCCGAUGCCCCUCUCCCGGUUACUGUGAUUCCAGCUCGGCGCCGCGGUCAACACACCUGGUCGCCUCAGAACCGACUUCUGGGAUCUUAUCAAGUGCCUCAGUCCGGCCGCUCAGAUUUGCCCGUGAGAAUAAUCCCUUCUCAGCCCCAGGCGUCGGCUCCCUGGACCGAUGCAGACCUGGAAAAUGGAAAUGGGGACUAUGUCCUGCGCUACGAUCCUGAGGCAGCUGCCCUGAUCGACGAAGAUGUCAGCCAUAAUCGCACAGAGCGUGUCGUUAGCGCUGAUCAAGCCAGUUGGACCGAAACCUUUGCCUCGGCGGACAGAAAUGAUAGCCCUCCCGGACAGUCGGAACCACCAGAUCCCGCUGAUUCUCCUGCUCCGCACCAAGCAUACCCCGGCCACAACCCUUGA